ACAACGCUGGAAGUCCCCAGCAUGUCCAGUGGAGAAGAGAAUGAGCAACAGCAUUACAUUCCAGGUGCUGUGUGAACACGAUCAUGGUUGUGGUGUGGGAUUCUUCUGUGACAAACAUUUUCGGAGGUGUGCCCCUUUAAGAGAUGAAGGCCAAUUCUGUCGCCGGGAUAGUCAGUGCUCCCAGGGUCUGAGCUGCAUGUUUGGCCAGUGUCACUUCACUGUUCCCAAAGGACACGAAGGAGCUCGCUGUAAACACGAUGAAGACUGCAGCGUUUCAAUGUGCUGUGCGAGACACCACGGAGAGAUGAUUUGCAAGAAGAAGCUGACUGCAGGCACGGACUGCUAUAUCCCUGAUGGAGGGCUGGCUUACAGCAUUAACCAGUUAUGUCCUUGUGAGGAAGGGCUAUUCUGCAGAAACAACAGGAUCAUGCGAGACAGGUUUGUCUGUCUCAGGCUUCAGCCAGAUGCCCGUCCCUCAUUUCAGUGCCUGCAGAUUCAAACUGAAGGGCACGUCGCAAUUCAAGUGAAUCAACCAGGAGUCUUCUCCACACAUUUCAAGAAUUCUCUGAAAAAUGGCACGAUUCCAUGUCUGUUCCUGCAGCUGCUCAUUGAUGAGUCAUUUCCUUAGAAAGUUUUUGUUUCUUGCUCUGGAGCACCAAGAUCUAUUUUGCGGCUGUUUUCAGUGUCAUCCAUUCCAGCCCUUGACC